AGUGACUGGCAGAAGUUUUGGUGAGAAGGACUUUCGUUCUGGAUUAGAAAACGGCAUUCUUCUGUGUGAGUUGCUGAAUGCAAUAAAGCCAGGACUGGUCAAAAAGAUCAAUAGACUACCAACCCCCAUUGCAGGUUUGGAUAAUAUCAUCUUAUUCUUAAGAGGCUGCAAAGAGCUGGGACUUAAGGAAUCUCAGCUGUUUGAUCCUGGUGACCUGCAGGACACCUCAAACAGAGUAACUGUCAAGAACAUUGACUGUAGUAGGAAGCUGAAAAAUGUAUUAGUCACCAUUUAUUGGCUAGGAAAAGCAGCAAACAGCUGCACAUCAUAUAGUGGAUCAACCCUGAACCUGAAGGAGUUUGAAGGUUUACUGGCACAAAUGAGAAAGGAAACAGAGGAUAUUGAGAGCCCAAAGCGCAGCAUUCGCGACAGCGGCUACAUAGACUGCUGGGACUCGGAGCGCAGUGAUUCCCUCUCCCCCCCGCGCCACGGCAGAGAUGAUUCCUUUGACAGUCUGGACUCCUUUGGCUCCCGCUCACAGCAGACACCAUCCCCAGAUGUAGUGCUCAGGGGAAGCAGUGAUGGGAGAGGAAGUGACUCAGAAACUGACCUGCCACACAGAAAGAUGCCAGAUGUGAAAAAAGAUGAUAUGUUGGCAAGGCGGACCUCACACGGUGAACCUAAAUCAGCUGUGCCUUUUAACCAGUACCUCCCAAACAAGAGCAAUCAGACUUUCUAUGUACCUGCUCCACUUCGGAAAAAGAAAGCUGAACGAGAAGAGUAUCGAAAGAGCUGGAGCACUGCAACUUCACCACUUGGAGACAGACCUUUCAGCAAACCUGAGACCAUAGAAGAAGAACAAAGUGAAACAUCAGGACUGUGUGAGAAGGAGAAAAUGGGCUCCAUGGCUCCUGAGGAAAGCCCUGAUAACAUACAAGCAGAUUUGAAUCAAAAUGAAGGAAAUUCCAUUGAUCAGUCUCCGUCAUGUAGUGUAAAAGAAACAACAUCACUCAAGGGAAAAGAUGAAGCAGAGAUCAGAAAGUUAAGAAGACUUGAACAAGCUGGCAUUAAGGUCAUGUCAGCUGCCCAGCGCUAUGGCAGUAAAAAGCAAACAAGUGAAGACAAGGGAUGCACCCCAGACAUCAUCCUUCGCAAGGAAAACCCCUUCAUGACACGUUAUCAAGGGAAGGAUUCUGGUUCAGAAGAUGAAGCAGCAAGCAAAGUACCUGAUUUAGAAAAGGAUGACUUUGCCACUCGGAGAGCCAGGAUGAAUCAGCCGAAACACGUAGUUCCAUUUAACUCCUUCAUAAUUGGACCCUAUACACAGAAAGAUAAAAAUAAACUGGAAGACAAUAAAAAGCCAUUGAAGGUGGAAAAGCAGGAACGUGCCAGAGGAAGCCAGGUGCACAUGGCAUCAGCAAGACAAACAGUGACAUGCAAAGAGAACCCACCUCUGCAGACUGAGAAGAAUAUGUCAGAGGAGGAAGAACAGGUGAAAGUAGUUGAUGCUGAGAGAGAUGAUUUGGCUAAACGGAAAUCUCAGUGUGUCUUUCCUCAGCUACAAGAAGAUACGAUUUUUGUGAAUGCCUCUAUAACAAAAGCAGAUUUGGAGACAUGGAAAAGAUUGAAACUGUCAGGAGAGCCCAGUGAAGAAGAUUGCAAAUGUCCCAGUGACACUCCACCAGCAGCUGAAGUCACAGUGGAAGCAGCAGUCCAGGAUGAUUUUGCUGUCCGCAAAGCCAGAGCAAACAGAAAGGCUGGUAGCCUCAAGCAGAAGUUUGUGCAUUUUGGGCCGGUAACUGAGAUUGAUCAGCAGAAGUGGGACAAGCUCAGCAUCGGCAGAGCUUCACGCAGGUGUGAAGCAGAAGAAGAAAGCAGGGUGAAGGUUCACUCGGAUGUUGAAAGCUCUCUUCCAACCACUGCUGACAGUCUCCAGUUUGCUGAGCACAGCGAUGCAGUAUCUAAGCCACAGAAUGAGCUCAGUGAGGUAACACAGUCAGAUACAGAUGAACAUUGCAGGAGCAUGCCAUCACUUGUCGCUACUACUGAUGUCAUCUCUGAGAAACAAGCCCUGUGCAGCUCAAACAAACAGCAAGAAAGCACCAAAGAAGAAAGCAGUGCACAUUUACCAGACAUUGAGAGAGACGAUAUGUUGGUUAGAAGGAUGGGGACCUUUCAGAGACGCACAACUAGCACUGUUCCAAUACACUGUCCUCCUCUGUCAGUAGUGCAGGAGAAGGAUUUGAAGACUCCACGGGAAGCAGAGAGUACUGUAACGCAAGAAGAGAGCCAAGAACAGCUUGAAAUCCCUCAUCAGCAGAAUGGUGGAACAGAAAACAAAGUGAAGUUUCCAGAUCUGCAAAGAGAUGACAUGUUGGCCAGAAGAACAGGAGCUUUUCUAAAACAGCCGGGGCCAAGUGUUAAGCAGUUCCUUCCCAUGCCAUUUUCAAAGCAGCAGAAUAAACAGGGCACAGCUAGAGAACUUGAAAAGAAAACUGCUAGGCCUGAAAAAUGUCCACAAGUCUGCAUUACUAGCUCUGGAAAACCUGUAAUUCUACCUCAGCGAGAGCAGCAGCAAGAGCAGGAAAGAUGCAGUCUCCCUCAUGCAGGACAAGAGGAUACUGUGUGCACUGCCCAAGUGGGUGAUCAUAUCCUUAAUGAAGUCCACUUUGAUCAAACAUCUAAGCUUCAGGUGGCUCCUGAGGAAAACAGAACUGAAACAUUGUCAUCCAAGGAUGAGCAUCUGCAAACAUUCGGCCCCAGAACUGCUGUGUCUGAUGACGCAGAGAGCGUGAGCAUGUUUGACAUGAGAAGUGAGGAAGAAGCCAUGGCUCAGCCUCACAGCAAAGCUCGCCAUGAAAAGCUGCAGAAUAUACACAACCAGCUGAAAGAGGAUGAGACCAGGUGGCAAGAUGACCUGGCUCGGUGGAAGAGUCGUCGAAGGAGUGCUUCCCAGGAUUUAAUUAAAAAAGAAGCUGAGAGAAAGAAAAUGGAAAGAUUAUUGUCUGGAGAGGGAACCAAUGAGCGCAGAAAAAGCAUCAAAACCUACCGAGAAAUUGUGGAAGAGAAAGAGAGAAGAGAACGGGAGCUUCACGAGGCAUACAAGAAUGCAAAGACCCAGGAGGAGGCCGAGAGCAUUCUCCAGCAGUACAUCGAGAGAUUUACCAUUAGUGAAGCUGUCCUUGAGCGUUUGCAGAUGCCAAAAAUCCUGGAAAGGAGCCAUUCAGUGGAGCCAAAUUCCCCACUGAAAGACCCGAAUCCUCUGAGAUACUUAAGGCAACAAUCGCUGCCUGCUCCAAAAUUCACUGCCACCAUUGAAGCAACCAUUGUUCCCACCACUGAUCUAGAGCCCAGUGGUUCGACAGGCCGCACGUCUCCCAGCAAAAGUGUUGUCUCCAAGGCUGUGCCUAUGCUGACGCCCAAGCCUUAUUCUCAACCCAAAAAUACACAGGAAGUUUUAAAGAACUUUAAGGUAGAUGGAAAAGUCAGCAUGAAUGGAGAGAAUUUCAACAGCGUUGAAGAGAAGGAUAAAGAGUGUACAACAGUAAUAUUUACUCAAUCGCCAAGCAGAUCUCUGAAAUUUGACGGAGUAGCCAGUGGGGACAGGCCCCCCAUGGAGUUGAAGAAGGACCCCACAAGUGUUGAGCUCAGUUUACAGAGGCCUGCCACUCAGAGUGUGCACAGAGAGCCAACAACCUUGCCGGGGGAAGCGGAUCUGGCUACCAGCCAGCAGGCAGAAGGCAGCCCUGGAGCAGCGGGACACGGGAGUCCGGCAGAGCUGUCCCCAGGUUCAGAACAAAAGCAAUUCAAGUCAACUGUAGUUUGUGCCAGCCCUGUUGUGAAGAGCUUAGAAUUUUCUCCUAGUCCUGUGCCUCCUGAGGAAAUUGCUCCAUGUGAGAAAGAUGUGAAGAAACCUGAAAUGGAGAAGCAGAAGAAGGCAGCGCUCCCUGCUAUGCAGGAGGUAAUGAAACCGAAUGCCCUAGAACAAGAAGGGAGUGUAGUAUUGCCGUUUUUGAAGAAACUGCCAGAGACCAGCCAGGUCACUCUGCAUAAUUCUGAUCUGCAAGCUGAUUCUGGCAAUAGUGACAAAUCAAAUCGUUUCAAUUUCUGGUCCUGGGACCCAGAAGAAGAGCGGAAGCGGCAGGAGAGGUGGCAGCACGAGCAAGAACGCCUGCUUCAGGAGAAGUAUCAGAAGGAGCAAGACAAACUGAAGGAGGAAUGGGAAAAGGCACAGAGAGAAGUUGAAGAGGAGGAGCGUAGAUACUACGAGGAGGAACGUAAGAUAAUCGAGGAUACUGUAGUUCCAUUCAUUGUUUCUUCAAAUUCUGCAGAACUCCUAUCCUCUUCUUCCUCCACCACUGAAGGAAAUAAAACAGCGAACGCAAGUGAUUCAAAUGGCUCUCCAGAGGAAGGCAAACCAGAAGAAGUUACAAGGCAGAAAAAGCUGCUUUGGGAGCAGGACAGUAUGCCAUCUCUGAAAAACAAGGAAAAUGAACGCUGGCAAGAAAAGAGGAGCAGUGGAAAUAAGGUGCUCUCAGGACACCCAGAGAUGGGAAUCUUGAAAGGAGGUGACCAGGAGCACCAGGUGCCGGUGAUGGAGCGCUGCUCGCCUGCCCGGUUGAAUCUGCCAUUGACUCAGGAUGUCCCAUGGAACCAGCAGCUGCUGAUGAAGCAGUCCCCGCAACGCGCAGAGGACACCCGGCAGAGACCACUUCUGGGGCAGAGUGCAGGGCAACAGCCAAGCUCCACAGGGGAAGGGAGGAGGGCAGGCUGUCACGAGAACUUUCGAUCCGGGCCUUCAUCUCCCUGCUCACCUGCUGCACCAAGUCAGUCACCCAACAGGUACAAAAGGUCUGUCAGCGGAAAGAAGCUUUGUUCCACCUGUGGGCUUCCUCUUGGCAAGGGAGCUGCCAUGAUUAUUGAAACGCUUGGUCUUUAUUUCCAUAUUCAGUGUUUCAGGUGUGGCAUUUGCAAGGGACAGCUGGGAGAUGCAGCAAGUGGGACAGAUGUCAGGAUUAGAAAUGGUCUUCUGAACUGCAAUGAUUGUUACAUUCGAUCCAGAACUGCUGGACAGCCAACUACAUUGUGACAUGACUUUCAGUGCUAGUAACUUUCAAGAAGGAACUCUCUUCUCACAUGUAUUGGCUGCCUCCAGACAAUCAUUUGUAAGAGCUUGAAUUCAUGGAAAUCGUGACUCUCAUCUCAUUUUGAAAAACUCAUACAAGUACUGCACCUGCUCCUUUAAAAUGCAAUAUGUUGGUUUUCCCUUUCUUAAGAAAUUUGCAAAAUAUGUAUGACCGUAUUUGUUAAGGCAAAGCCUAAGUACUAUAACAAUAACAACAAAAUCCCACCUUUUCAGGUAUGUUUAUGAUUUUCAGUCUGUUACUUUGUUCUCCUGAAAGUAAUAAGAAAAUAAACAUGCAAUAAAGCUGUUUUGUGUUAACAUUUCUAGGAAUUAAAAUUUUGAGUUUACAGAACCUUUAUAGAAUAUGCCAAGUUGAGAUGAGAAGUAAUUUUAAGAUAGCAUCUAAUCAGUGCAUUUGAAAAACUAAGCAUCACAGCACAUGACUGCUCUGUUAUAACUGAAGCUAUAACUUUUUUUAUACAGAGACUAGUUUGAUAAUACAUCCUGUAAUUCUGAGACGUUUUGUGUUUAUAUUACCUUCAGCGGAGGGUAGGAGUUAUACAAAUAAAUUAUUGCACCUUUAGCAAUAGGAUUUUUUGUUUGUGUACCUCAAGUAAUGUUCAUGACUAUAGCUUGAUAUUCUCUCAAAUAAAGAUUUCUUCAUUAAACCUAAAGACUGUAUACCGUUAACGACUGCAAGGUUCCCGUCAGUAGCAAUCCUCAGCAGGUUCAGAAGCCGGUGUUUUUAUGAGGUUUAAGGACGGGGUGAUGCAGGGGGAGGCUGCGCAGUGGGCGGACACAAUGCCUUGUGAGUCUGCGAGCUGCAGUGCGAUGGUUACAGUGAAGCUUUCCUGGUUGUGCAGCAUCCCGCUGAUGGGCUGAGUUGUUCUGAGGUCUGCUGUUCCACUUGCAAACACUGUGCGUGGUUGAAAUCUCGUGGGGAGAAAUACGCGUGUGUUUGGCCCUCUCCAGAGUCCUCCCAUUAGGUCAGCAUUGAAUUACACAGCUGUGAAGUUCUGUUUUCCAUAUAUCCUCCCAGACAAAAUGAGCAAAACCGACGAGCGUGGAACGCGGGCAUGGAAGCUGAUAGCGACAGGCAAUGGCUUGCUCCAGUGUUUAUGCUUUUUGGUGAAGUGUGUGCUCCUUGUGAAGUGUUCCUGCAGCUUGUGGAAACAGCAGCCAGAGCUGUGUGAGCUUGUCAGAACACACAGAUGAGUUUAGGUGAUGUGGUACAGCUGUAAAAUACAAAGGAAAUGGUUAUUUGCAGUAUCCCAUUUUUGCUGUUUGCUGUGCAACUUAAAUGGAGGGAAAAACAUCAACUUAUUCUGCCCUAGAACUGUGAUUAAGUUGUAGAGAUUUAUGUAGGUGCUCAUCCAUUUUCUUUUGAUUUGCUGGGAAACGGAAAUCGAGUUGUUAUUAGGACAGCAAUAAUUUGGGGCUGUAACAUAGCUGACAACGUUUUGUUUAAACAAAGGCAACUGCUUGCAUGUGAGCUGCACACCGAUUGAGAACCGCGUGUCGCUGCCAACACACGUGCAGUGCUGUCAUCUGGGGACAUCGUGGCGAUGGGCUGGGAGGUGUCGCUUCCUUAAGUUGUGCCUUAGAAAACACAAAGAUGUUGCACACCGUCAGCAAUGACUUACGGAUGCAAUAUAUCCCAAACCCUGAAGUCCUUCAUGGACUUCACCUGGGGAAUAAUUUUUAAAAAAUGAAAAUCAGAAAAAUGUUCUGGGAGUAGAACAGUGAAGCCUACUAUUUUGAUUAACAUGAUUUGUGGCAUGAUUUACUGUUAGCAGGUUUUGAUAACUAGCAUGUUUACCCUUUGCAUGUGGUCAGCAUAAUGUUUUCCUGCAGAUAAUACGUAAGAUGAAAACGCAAAAAGCAGAUUUUAUAAACUGCUUGGUUCAUCUGCGCAGUUCCAUGUGCUGCACUAAGAGUAUGUGAACAUACACAGUGCCUGGGCCUAAGUUUUGAAGAAGACCUUUAGUGCAUGCUUGUGUGUCUGUUUGGUCCCAGUCACCGCUUCUCCCCGUGCUGUAGUGUAGGUGUGCAGGAGAGCUGGUGUCACGGAUGGGGUGUGCUUAUCCUUAACCUUGAGAGGAGAGCCCCAGCUGUUUGGAGCAUGCAUGGGACUGAAAUGCAUGAGCAGGGAUUGGGCACGGCAUCUCUGGGCUGCUCAGCUUAUCCCAUGUCUGUCCGUAGUGUCAGAUGUGCAUGCUGUAGUGAAUAUGAUUGUAUGUAAAGCAAAAAGAAGCAGCAGAGUCCUCAGGCUUCAGAUUUUCCCCUAGUGAGUGAUUUCCCCCUGUUCACCAGCUCAGAAUAGCUUUCAACAGUUUUCUAAAUCAUACUUACCAACAGCUUACAUUUGAUUUGUAUUUCCUUUGGAGUCUUGCAUGGCAAAUUCAUUCAGGCUAAUUUCUUUUGUUUUAUUUCCAUUCUUUCCUGUUUUAACACAUGACUUCAACACACGAUACAUUUCUUAUCAGGAACUUUAAGCACAGAAAGAAAAUAACACUUCACAACAUUUGAAUUACAGUGUAAAUGCAUUCAUUGCAAAAAGGAUUUAUUAUUGCUAAGCAUGUACAAUGUAUGUAAUGGGUUUUAAAUGUUUCAAAACUUAUUUAGCCUCUCAUUACUCCAGAAAACCUGACCAGGUGUCAUAGCCCAUUUGUGUCCUGCUGCCCCUCUCCCCAUGGUGUGUUUUUUCUUACUUUGCUGUGUAGUGUUACUGACACCACACAUUUGUAGUUUCCAAUCAGUGUCUCAAAGGUCAGUGAAUUGGAGGGGACCAUCCCUAUGUGCGUGUCCAGUCAGAGCAGGGAUUGCCUGUCCUUGCUGUGCUGAUGUUGAAUGCCAUUUACACUAAUCUUUCCUUCUUUUUAUUUAUUCUAAAAUGCCUCUGGAAAUUGGGAAAACUUGUCUAAAAUGCAACAGCUUUUAUAGUAAAUGUAUGUUUAUAAAUAAAAUGUUGAUUACCUUU